GUUGUCAGAAUCAGCGCUACAGCAGUAGAACUGAACACGGAUAAGUGUUGUGUUUGGUUGUGUUCAUAAAUGUAUUUUUAUUUCACACCUGAAGAUACGUGCAAGCAGUAUGGCAGAUGACGCUCUGUUUGAGUUCCUCCACAUGGAGAUUGUUGCUCAUGUUUACAAAGAGCAGGCGACCCGUGAUGACAUCGAUAAGGAGCGAGUGACGUGUGUUUCUACUCUAGAGUUGAUGGGCUUCAGAGUUGGACAAGGACUUAUUGAAAGGUUUACAAAAGACUGCCCCACUUUCAAAGAUGACUUGGACAUAAUGAAGUUUGUCUGUAAAGACUUCUGGAGCACUAUCUUCAAAAAACAAAUUGACAACUUGAGGACCAACCAUCAGGGCACAUACGUCUUACAGGAUAAUAAGUUUGCACUACUCACUCAGUUUUCCAGUGGAAAGCAAUACCUUGAAGAGGCCCCUAAAUAUUUGGCCUUUUCCUGCGGGAUGAUUCGAGGAGCUCUUUCUAACCUGGGUCUGGAGAGUGUGGUCACUGCUGAGGUUUCUCUAAUGCCAUCAUGCAAGUUCCAGGUUGUUGUUCAGAAACUGUAGGAUGGAGAAGAAGAGAAAUGAACUCAGUCUUUCAUAUGUGAAUGUGAGUUAGAAGAAGCUGGAUUCGACAUGUUUACAACAUUUGGUUUUCACAUAAUGCAGUUUCGAGUCAUAUUUCGGUGAGACCAUUUCAUAAUUCCUCUAUAUUUUUCACUCCACACCACAUGUAUUUGGAAAUAUUUUGAUUGUCAUAUAUUCUACCUCAAAAGGAGCCUAGAUUAUUGUAACAAUCAUGAAAAUAUAUUUUCACUAACAUAACAUCUCAUAACCUAAUAUUUUAUUAUACAAGUACAUCAGGUCACGUAACUUUUUUGGCCACUUUUAUACCUCUUUGGCUGAAUAAGAUAUUUAAAAAAUAUUUGAUGUGUAAUUUUUUUUAUUGUAAAUGUAAGUUAUUUCUCUAUAUUUGGGACAGUUAGUAUGCACAGUUAUCUUUAAAAGCCAUAAUUUGGAAAUAAAAGAUCUGAUUCAUUACUUGAGAAAUAAAGAAUAUCUUAUGGAAUCAUGUAAAUCUAUGCUGAAGAAACAUCUUUUGGGUUUGGGUUUGCUGGUUCAAUGACAAAACAAACAGAUUCUUGACUCCUCCAGAAGAGGGCAGUCUUCAUCAAUCAGAUGUAUGUCGGAGUGAAAGCUCAAAACAAUGACAUGCUUUCAACAAUCUUGUACAAGCUUCUUGCACUUAAAUUAGUCUACUGGUACAGUUGUGUUGUGUAGCGCUUGUUUUUGUCAAUAAAUGCUCAAUAUCCAGAUGAAUUAGCAAAUCUUCAAAUAAAUGGAGGAUUAUAUCUUG